AAUUUGUCUUUUUCUUUUUUUUUAACCUUUUUGUUUUUUUGGUGUCUCAUUCUCUGUAAUAAUGUAAUUUCCGUCGAAAUAUCGAACUUCGUUUGGGCCUUUCAUCCACAGCGUCCACCGUCUCCGUCGUCGAUGAAGAGGAGAAACUCCCUUCCCUUCCACGACUUGGGCACCCCGAAGGGCUGGACCUCGGAGCGCGUCCCGUCCGCCGCCGCCGCCGCCGCGAGCAGGGCCCACGUGAACCCCGCCUCGUCGCCUUCGUUCUCGCCCUUCAACAGCAACAGGACCUUGCCUUCCAAAUGGGAGGACGCCGAACGGUGGAUUUGCAGCCCCGUCUCCGUCAAGAACUCGCACCUCGCCGCCCACCACCCCAACGGCCAGCAGAGGCGGCCCAAGUCGAAGAGCGGGCCGCUGGGCCAGUCCGGGUACUACCCCUGCUACUCGCCGUGCGUCGACGGGUGGAGCGGGCGGAGCUUCGCCUUGGGGUCGCCGUUCUCGACGGGCGUGAUGGUGGCCGACGAGGGAGUGAUGGGCUGUGUCGGGUUGGGUCGUGGUGGUGUGCUGAGUGAGAAGGGUAAUAACGAUGGCAAUGUGGGUCGGUCUGCUAGUGGCCUUGGGUGGUCGGAGAUGGUGGAUGAGAAAUUCGAUUGUACCGAGGAUAACGAAAAUGGGGUUUCUCGUGCCGUCUCGAGACGGGACAUGGCGACUCAGAUGAGCCCAAAGAGUAGCCCCUGCUUGUCUCCAAAGAGCAGGCCUUCUAGUUGUCAAUCUCCUCCAUCCCAGAGCUUAAAAUCCAGUAAGUUGGAAGUGCGGGAUGUGGGAAUAGACAAGCGGGCAACCAUAAUUAGCUGGUCCAGGAGGCACGCUAUGAGAUUCUCUAGAAAGGACGGGCGAGGUGUCGAGGACUCGAAUAGAUUUGGCAAAGGCGAAGCUCAAGGAUCAUCUUGGGACAUGGUGGAGGCCACGAAGAACAUGUACUGGUUGCAGAGGGAAGAAGCAAAGAUCACGGCCUGGGAAAAUCUACAGAAGGCAAAAGCAGAAGCGUCAAUAAAGAAACUAGAGAUGAAACUGGAAAAGAAGCGCUCCACAGGGAUGGACAGGAUAUUGAGCAAACUGAGAACGGCUGAGAUAGCGGCUCAAGAAAUGAGAAGCUCGAUCAUGCAGCGCCAUCAGGAUUCCAAGGCUUCCCAGAAGAACAUAAUCUUUUGCAGGCCUUUCCGAGUGAACUCCUUCAGGAAUUGCUUACGCUGCCAUGAACUGUAGUUUCUACCGAAUUGACUCAAGAUGAAACCUUGCAAAGUCCUAUCUGAUUAAAAAUUGCUCAUCUCCGACCAGGUCCGUUUCUUCUUCUUCUGUUCAACUUCUUCGUCUUUCGCAAAGCAUUAGGGAAUUCCUUUACUGAGACUGGCUAGCUGUUUGUGUUCUCAGAUUCUUUUUUACGUAUGUUGUAUGAUAUGAUCUAAUACUGUAUGAUACAUGUAAAGCAACGAGCAUUAAAAUAUCGUCACUUGGCGUAAUGUUAUUUUUAUGCUUUCUAUGA